UGUACUGGCUAUUCAUUCAAACAAAUGUGAUAUCAUGUGUUUUCUGUCCUGUGUGUGAAGUGCACUCAAAACUUAGAUAAUGUUGCGCAAAAGGACAAACGGACGAGAAGAUGCGGGCAGUGGCAAUAAACCUGAGAGAAAGAAGACCCCAGAGGACUGUAGUGUUACUAGUUCGACUGUCUCUCAGAAGAGCUGCUGGGCUGUCGUGUCUUUCUGGAUGAAGGUUUUGCUCUUCAUCAUGUUCACUCCAGCUUUCCUGAACUAUGCCUCCCUGCAGAGAGAAGGACAGGUGCUGUCACCCACAGAUGCUCAUCUGAUUGAUAUCGGCCUCGGACAAAAGAUCCAUUUACUCUGCAAAGGACAUGGGCAACCAGUUGUUAUUCUUGAUGCUCCAGCAGGGAUGUCUUCAGAUAUUUGGUUUCAUGUGCAGGAGAGUCUUUCGUUUUCAACAAAGGUGUGCUCUUACGACAGAGCUGGUCUGGGUUUUAGCCAAAGAGUCCUGCAGAAUGAAACUACAGGUACAGAGAAGGUCUGGGGAUUAUCUACCACGGGCAGGAUGGUGGAUGACCUUCACAGAUUGGUCAAGGCUGCAGAUUUAGCCACACCCUUCAUUCUGAUUGGCUCUGAGCUAGGAACGCUCAACGGCAGGUUCUACAGCCACAUCCAUGAUACGCAAGUGUCUGACCUGGUGCUGAUCGAUCCAAUCCCUGAGGACGUCUUUGAGGAGCAGAAGUGGCAGCAGUUCUGGUACUCUCAGCUCGUCCCGUCUCUGCAGAUGAUGCAGUUUUCCGCAGCCGCAGGUUUGAGUCGUCUGCUCAUUAUUCUGGGUGUGCUCAAGCCGCUCAUUCAGGGUGAAAACAUCUCUGAGGAGCUCGUGCAGCGACAGAAAUAUCUGCUGUGUAACCCUGCCCACCAGAGUGCUGCAGUGGAUGAGCAUUUCUUUCUCAAUGAGAGCGCAUCUCAAGUCAGCGAGAUCUCCAGAUAUAAGCCUCUCUCCAGCAAGACAUCUGUGCAUGUGAUCACGGGGGAAUCGUUUGAUGAUCAGCUUCCUUCAGAUCUCAACCAAGUGCUCGCCGAACUUCAGAGCAAGUUUUUGGAGCGCUCUUAUCCCAAUGCAAAUCGCAUUCAGAUUCGCAGGGCGGAUCGGCACAUGAUCUACAAAAAUCCAUCCUCGCUUAUCAAACAUUUGCAUAAGCUCGUGGCGCAAAGGCAGACCAACCAACAGAAGCAGUGAGAUUCUUUGGAAAAUGCAGACUCUCUAACAAAGGUUUGAUAACGGUUACAUCAGUUACAGCUGUCACUUUCUGUCUUCAAUGAUGCAAGAUGCCAAAUAACAGUGUCAUUUGUCUGCGUAUGAAGCUGGAAUCUGUGUAGUUGUGCAUUUUGAUGAACUGCUAAACAAAAUAAUUGAUUGUUUCUGUAAUUUUGGUUAAACUGAGUUAUUAGAAUUUGUCAAAAAUGCAUAAAUGAGAAAUGUUUUCCAAAGAAAAAUAACCCUGAAGAACUUUUUUAAACGUUAACAUUUUUGUUGUAAUUAGUUAAUAAAAUAUCAGCCCUCAAAUAUUUUAUAAAUGCAUAACCAACCCAAAUUCUUCACUUAAAUGCUGUAAUUUUUCUUCUUAUGAAGCAGAAAUCUGUAUAGUUUGUUGGUGGAUUGUGCAUUUUGAUUUACUGAUAAAGAAAACAUUUUGCUGCCUGUUUUAUUCUGUUAAAAAGCCUUAUUAGAAAUGCAGUAGCUCCUCAAAAGCGCAUUAGUUAGAAAUGGUUUGCAUUGAAAAAUAACCCUAAAGAACUUUUCUAAGCGUCAAAAUUUUUGUUGUAAUUUAUUCAUAAAAUAUCAGCCCUCAAAUAUUUGAUAAAUAUCUAACUAACCCAAAAAUGUUACUUAAAUACUGUCAUUUUACUACUUAUGAACAGAAAUCUGUCUAGUUUGUUGGUGGAUUGUGCAUUUUGAUUUACUGGUGAAGAAAAUAUUUUACUGCUUCUGUUAUUUUUUUUUUUGUUAGAAAGCCUUAUUAGAAAUGCAGUAACUUCAAAAACACCAAAGUAAUCUCCUUGAGUAAUUAGAAAUGUUGCACUGAAAAAUAACCCUAACCCUUUAACUGCCCCACCAAAAAAAAAAUAAAAAUUGGAUUGCAUUUCUUAA